AUGCCUCUUUAACAUUUAGGAGGCGAAGAUUCUGUUAAAUCUCAUUGGCCAAACACAAUUAUCCAAAACGAAUACAUGAAUACAUCUACAUCAUCUACUUAGGCCCAUUUUAGUGGUUUUACAACGAAUCUUCUAAGAGACACAGGUUACUAUGCUGAAAUAAACGCCUCUAUGGAAGAAUAAAUGUUUUAUGGAAAAGGAAAAGGCUGUGAAUACGUUUAUCGUAAAUGUGAUACUACUUUUAGAGAAUAUUGUAAUCCUGAAACUGACGUUGGAAUAUGUGACUUUUAUCACCAUAGUUUUGCUAAUUGUAAAGCUGGUUUAUAUAAUGAUUCUGAUUGUAAUAAUUUAUUUGCCUACAAAAAUGGAAAAUGUUGGGAUGUUAACAGUGAAUAUAACACAGAUAUUUAUAGAAAAUAAAAUGGAACUAAAUUUGGUACUGAUUCGAAAUGUUUUAACGGAACCUUAUUGGGAUACUUUGGAGAAGAUUGCUCUAAAAAUAAUCUCAAAUGA